AUGGUAAUUUUACGUUUAUGCUAAAUUCUUCAGCUUUGGAGAAGGUCUUGACUGCAAAACAUGAUAUAAGACAGGGUCAGAAAUUUCGCAGACUCCUUAAUGUUCUCCUAGAGAAAAUAUUCCGAAAGUAGUUUGGCCCUAUUUUCAGACUGUUUUUAAAGUUACUCCGGAUCAGUCGAAUUAUUUUUAAACCUGUCAGCCAUCGAGAACUUCCUUGCCAAUCUUCGUAGUGAAUUUGCCGACAAUGAAGCCAACCUUCUUGAAAGUACAACAUGUUUCUUAGCUUAUCUUCGGUAAAUGAUGGAAUUGCUUACUUGUCAAGUUCAGGGCAACUCUAUCGCCCAUUCCCUCUUCAGCUGUUUACGAGCUGUUUGGGUGCGUACCAGCAAAGAUUACAGAACGUUUUUCAGCUUAACAGUCCUAAUCUUGCUUUCAACGCCGAGAAAUUUGUGUCAUGUACAUCUACUGAGUACACAGUCUCAAAGGCAACCGAAGGAGGCACAGACUCCUUUCUGAAUUAUUCAAUGGAAAUCCAACUUCAUUUGAAUAAGUAAGACCUGUAAUUACAGGAAAUUUUUUUAGCCUUCUUUUCCUUUUUCAUAAUGAACUAUUCAAAGAGAAGUUGGAAAUGGAACAACUGAUUUGCUUCAACAAGCUGCUGAAUGAACUGUAUUUUUCCCUUCCAUUAGAUAAGAUAUGGGUAUUCAGACUACUCAUUUUCGCAGUUUUCUCAGCGAUUUCUUUCGCAAAAACAUAUUCCUAGUGUCUUCAUUUAUAACCUGUUAACGCUGACUCGGAAAAUUCUCAAGAAAGGGUUUCGAAGGAGUACACUGCGAGUCCUAAAUCGGGAAUCAGCAAAUUUAUCGGACUGCUUUUUUGAGGAAAGAAUCCGAAGAUGUUUUGUUUAUUUGCUUCCGGAAAUAAUUGACGUCCUUCUGAAGUCGCAGAAUCUCUGUCAGGCAGAUACACCUAAUACCUCCCUACCUAAUGAACGCUACUCAGAGACACUAUACGAGUAAGUGAUUCAAUCCAUCUACGUUAAGGUUUACAUUGUGAAGAUUAGGUUAAUCUUUCUAACGAUACCUUACUUUAAUACCAGCAUAAGUUCUACCAAUGAUCUGGCAUACAUCGACACUGACCGACCACAGGCUAAAAAGGUUGGGUGGUGUAUAUAAAUCUUGUUGGAUACUGUCAAAUUCGGCGUGAUAAACGUUCAUUUCUCUUAUCAGUAAAUACAGCAGCAUCAUAAUAUUAAAGUUAGUAGCUUACGUAGGAUAUCGUCGAGGCAUAUGCCAUGAAGAAUAGUCCGAAUCCAUCCUUGUACUUUGACGGAAUCAUAAACUAGAAUUGAAAAAAACUUGACUGCAAUCUACAAACGACACUGAGCAUUAUUGGAAACCCACUGAUGAACCAAAUCCCUCACAGUUGCGUCAUGCAACGGUAGAAAAUUAGGCAAACCACACGUAUGUUCUUUUACCCAGUACUGUGGCAGACAGGGAUGUCCAACCAACCACACCCAUUCGGCAGAAUUUCGUCCUGUUGUACACGAAUGACAAUCUUGUAUCAAAGUCAACAAGUCGCCCGCUGGUCCACUUUCUCUUAAAGCCCGCAAUUGUUUUGUUCAUGAAGGUGCCUCGUACGAUCACGGUCAGGGGACGGUGAGGUUUAAAAUCGAGCUGGUAGUUGUUGAAUGUUCACGUUAGUACCGUUUGCCGGUUCCUUAUGGACAUGAUGGACUCAGAUUAGUCGGCAAUUUCGUUUGUCUAUCCCUAUAGCGUGUUAUCUGUCAGCCAGACGUCGAAGAUCGCUGUACUAGUUUAGUUCUUGUAUUUGGAGCUUUUGAAAAUUUGUCAAACAUGCUAUGCGCAGAUGAUGUUUAGGCAAGGGAGUUUUGUUGCCAUUUUGCUGCGGUUAGUGGUAUUCAGCCCAAAUGUUUAUUCAACGUUCGGAGUCGAACCUCGAAAGAUGUCCAUGUUUUUGACGGAAUUAUAAUACCAAAUAUUGUAGGGGUGUCUGCAAAAUUGAUGUUCAAACUACUGAAGUCCGGAAUCUAAUCUUGUUUAUUCUUUCCACCAUAUCAAGAAGAGAAGUCUUUGGAUAUUUUAAAAGUCGUUUACUAAAAUAUUGUAUGUUCAGUGAUUCCGUCGCUGCCGACACAUGCAGCUUAAGUUUGUAUUGACAAUGUUUGCGAAUUAUUUGAAUUAGAAUGCUGCUUUUCCGCGUGAUAUUUUUUCGGUUUCUCAUGUAUCUUGAAAGCGGUCGAGCUGAGGCAGACAGUGCAGUGGAUCCCGCCGAAUUCGUGAAUAGCAUUUCUCAACUAAUGGUCUACCUUAUUGCAAGUGGACUGAUCAGUUUUUGGAAAACUUUUGAGGAUGGAAACUCUGCUACUGAAACCGACCUUGUCACGGAGUAUGCUCAAUUCUGGGAGUUAUUUUUCAAUGGAAUCGUCUUUAUUCCCGGUAAGUUUUUUGUCAGUCGCAUAUAAGUUAGUGUGAAGUUACCUGUGAGCCGUCGGUUGAUUAUGUUUUUCUAGUCCUUUGCGGUAAAAUAUACUCAUAAAAAGAGUCGCCAACUGCACAUACUUUUUGUAUCUCGAUAAUAAUGCAAAUGUAACUAUUUUCCAUUGAUAGCAGCCUUAUCAUGCCCAGUUAUUAUUUUUAGAGCACCAUACGUUCUUCAAAGAAAAUGCUCCCAGUCUUGAAGUAUUUAGGUAGAGUAUUUGCAUUUUGACCCUUUCCAUGUGUAUGUUCUAAUAUAAGUUCAACUGAGUUUUUAUACUUUUAAGGGUUUAUUUGCAAAACAUUCCCCAAAUGUAUCACGGUAUUUAUCGAGUUAUAUAAUGGACCAUACAGAAUUGUACACGAACUUAUGAGAAUGACUUCAGACGGAUAUGGAUAUCAGGCUCUUUAAAAGUCUUAAAAUAUGUUAUAAUACUGGUCGUAUUUUGAAAAUUACGUGUAUGUAACACCGAUAGUAGCGAAACUGCGAUUCUCAGGAGAAAACAUUAGAAGAGAAGGAGACAGUUGUCGGACACGGUGGAGGUAUUUUGUCUGCUUGAUCUUUGCAAAAAACACCAUCGAUUAUGCCUUCAGGGACUGGCAUAACCUCUGCAGAACUCUAAUUAUCGGAUGCGCAAGUCACGCUUUUCACCAGACACCCCAGCAAUCAGCACGGGCGAGAUACGGUGGGGACGCAUGACCCGCCCGUAGGUAGACAAUGCAAAGAACUUAUUAGGUACCGGUAUGCCUUUUUGACAUCUAACAGAUCCGUACCAGUUUAGUAAAUUGGAAGAACGCCUUUGAUACGUACCUGGUGCCAUGUGUAACUAACUCUACUUUUAGCCUCAACUAACUCCUGUGAGGCCUCAACGAACUGAGUAUCGUGUGGCGCAAACGCUUUCUAUGCAAUUCAUGGUGCCAUCUACUUCUACCUUAAAUUCAUCUCCUCUCACAGGCACUUCCACUGAAACACUGUGCGCUCUUUUGGACGAUGUUCAAAAUCAGCCGGUCGAGACCUUUUCUUCAAACGCUGGCCGAAUGUGUCCAGCACUCCUCGCUGUCACUGCCUGCUUGAUAAACAGAUAUCAACGCCUAUCGAAUGAAGACUUUUCGACAAGACUUGCAGGCGUCACCUCAGACAGGUAAAUGCUUGGACAUACUUUGGUCGGAUUGUAUCCCUCCUUAUCGCAAAGCCAAUGCUCCAUAUAGACCUUCAGGGAACGCAUGGGGAUGUCAGAGAUAGAAUAAAAGCUUUUCCGACUUACGAAGGUCGAGUUCUUUCGACCCCGGUUUAUGACCUGACUGAAAAUGUAUCUUUUACCGCUUAUUGCUGUCUUUGUCUUUUAAAAAGGUGACUUUGAAAAGAACUUAUAAUAAAUAAUGAGUAAAUUGGCGGGUGCCACAUUAACUCUUAAUACAGGAGGUAUUUCAAAAUACUGUCUAAGCACCCCACAUGUUGCUACUGCCGCCACAGGCAACCACAACAUUGGAGUCAACCUGAAAAGGUUUAUUUGCCAGUUGCCCCCCUUACUCUAAUGUGGAUGAAUUUUCAGUCAGUGUUCAUAGAAUUAAACCACUUGUUCUCCGUUUGGCUAGUGGUAAAUAACUACCCAUCCUCAAAAAUGCUAGUCCAGAUAGUUUGCGUAUUUGUUGCUGCAUUGCAGGUCUAUUGCGAACGCAUGCUUCGCUACCUCCGCCUGCAAAUAUUAACAUGCCGUGUCCCUUCCUAAUAGUUUAACUUACGAAACUACUAUUUACCUGAGAAGUUUCCUCCAUGGAUCUAACAGUAUGUGAGAAAUAUGAAAUAAAGUAGCCCGACGUUGAACUGCUACAUGUAAUUUCUUGGGCGAAUGACGUUUAUUCAAACGGACAAGACGGCGGGAAUUUGUCCUCUUGUCUGCUGUUUUUUCACCAUCAUUCCCCUGGCUAAAACGCUUGCGCAUAAGACGGGAGUCCAGGAAAUAACUGAGGACCAGCUGAAACUUGCACACUUUUGUUCCCCCCCUCUGACCAGACUACUCUGGGGAACGCAUUAAACGAGCAGCGAAUUAUCAAGUUCCAAGCCACCAAAAAUGGUAUAGGUCAAAAAAGGGACGGCUAAACAUAGCAGGACAAUACUUGGCUCUGCACAAAAGUUCCAGUCGUGACCAGUUUCCUAAUUCUUACUUCCUUUUCGCGCAUUUACUCACAUUUCGGCAAUAUGGACGACCACGACCAUGGGUUCGUACAGACUCCUCGCCGUUCACAAUCGUUUCCACCGUGACAGCAGACAUUUUGGUAUGGAUACGUCUGAUUUCGCACAGGGGAUCCGCAACUGCCUUCAGAAAAUGGUCAAAUUAAGCAACCCUUGGCCGCUAAUUUUCUACCUGCCUGGACACCAUCACGAUAGACGCGGAUUCUCAGGUGAUAAUGUCACCUGAACUUUCCAAUUGUGCCUCCAACUAGGAAGAACAAAGAGGUUGUUCUUAGGUGACUAGACCUGGGUCGGGUAGCCUACUCAAGCCCGGAGGCGAUAGUAAAGUGUCCUGCCGAGGAGACAUUUACAGUCUCUUUUAAUAGCCAUUGCUAACAACACCUUCACUGAUUGGUAAGAACUUCAGUUCUCCAAAAUCAGGCCUAAAAACUUUAGUAGACAUUGUAGUGGGUAAGCCAUCACAUGAAGACAUCGAUCAGUUUUUCUCGAGUUUUAGCCCCUAUUUUAAACUUUUCCGGAUGCAUUUUGCCUCUCUUCAUUCCCAAGUAUCGCGUUUGUUUGACUAUCCCGCACCUACUCUCUCCGCUACCAUCAGAACCCCUGAACUGAUUCCGGUCGGGCAGCUUUUUACUGCUGAUUUCUAGUGUGCUUUGAAGUGCUCAGCACUGUUUCGUACGCCUAAAUUUGUUUGUCCUUGCAGCGAGGGUGAAACGAUUCUCCAGCUAGUUUCCCGCCUGUGCGCCCAAAUUGCAUGCGCCGGAGUUGAGUACUUUCGGAAACUGCCCCCUAUCUUCAGUGUGGAACUCCUGGCCUCUUUAUCGGUUUGUCAGUGCUUUUAUUUGGGUUCUGACUCAUCUUCCAUGCAGAUUGCUUCUUCCUGUGGCGUCGGGAUGUCUCCUGUGGCCUUUCAAGGUGCGUUUACUCAGUCGUCUACCCUUCAUUACUUAUAGGAUAUCAGUCCAAUAUCUCUUGGGGCUUAUGAAAGCCAAGUCUUAUCUAAGCAAAUCCGAUCUUUAGACACAGCUUCAGGAAUUGCGGACUUUCCGCAUCCCACUCAACCUGUUAAUAUUGACGGACUAACCGUCAUCAGUUGUUAUUCGGUGCGAUCGGUCCGAUUUACUAAUUUGUAUAAAAUGUAUUUACUACUGUUAUCCUUAAUGGUAUUCGAUGUUGCUGUUUCUGGUCAGAUCAGCUUGCGGCAGUCCGACUGCCGUGAGCACCAGCGUUCAGCGUGUGCCCCAUGGAGUGGGCACAGUACCGGUGACUUGCGCGUGAGCCAAUUUAUAGUGAGGUUGACUUGCGCAGCAUAUACCGCCCUCUCUCUUUCCUAACCAACCUUUCUCAGGUGGAAGGACACAGUCGAGAUUGCCGACGGUGGGCUCGGGAGCGGUGUCUGACAGAAUUAAGCAGCCCGUCUACGUGUGCCACACACGAUCUGGCGUCCACAGUAUGUUCCAGCUUUUCGUGGGGGCGGCUCGGAUCUCACAUGCGUGAGGGUCCUCAAAUACCAAAUUUGGAAGGAGUUAUUGGGUCUACCCCUCAGUCCUGAGAAGGAUCAAUUUAUCCAGUUAAUUGGCAACCAUCUAAGCCACAAGUCUUUGCGCGUCAUGGUAGAUACAAGCGCUUCAGAUUUGUUAUAGUGAGAAAUGCACUGAUUUGUCAUGGGGAUGAACUCCCCAGUAUUAGCCUCCUUCGUUCCUUCCUCCCCGAUGCACAAUUCAACUGUCCCUGUCUGUUUGCUAACUGCUGAUUGGAUCGGGCGCAGUGGCUAAUAGAGCUAAAUAGGCCACACAUGCACUACCUGGUUCCCGCCACACGCACAGGACUGCUGCAUUUACACCUAGAAUCUGCUGGUCUGUUUCGUCCUCAAAGUUUCGCCCUCAGUCCUCGCCCUUUUUUGUUCUGGUCUACAGCUAAUAAAUGCUAUUAUUCGGAUACAGUCCUUUAAUACCCUUCGCCGAUUUGCUCGUCCGCAGUGCACUUUUAUCUGCAUUUACGUUGGUAGACAAUAUUCGCGACAAUGACGCAUCGGUUUAAGAACAGGAAUCUUUGACUCAAACAGCCUCAGGCCUCUGUAACAGCUGUCGAAAGAUCUGUGAUCAGCUGUGAAAUAACUUAACUCCUCUCUAGUGUAGACACCGUUUUUCGUGGACUUUUAAAAAGAAGCGACAAUUGUUGCCUCCAUAGAUUUUAGUUUCUCAACCUUCUAGAUACGAUUCACCGGGCAUCUUCUCAACAUGUUCCUUCCUACCUGAAUUUAUUUGUGUUAUUACUGGUCCCAACUGUAGCCUCAAGUAUUCUGGCAAAAGCUCUUUUGGACCGCCUUCGCAGUGACCACACUCACAUCCUCCUCUCAUUGGAUGGCUUUUCGACUUUUCUCUGCCAGGCUGACCCCGUGUGGAUUACUUUCGCCCAGAAGACGGUAAGCGUCCAAUUAGAGUUCUGCGUGUACACUGUGUUGGUCGAAUUCACUUCCUCGACACUAUGCCAGCAGUAAUAAGUGUUAGUUUGCAAAUUGAAAUACAUACUAAGACUCGCGUAAAACUGACUGGAAAUUGUAACUAGUCUCUGAGAUGUAAAAACUUACCUAAGUUAGCCCAUGAAGUGUCGAAGAGGGCCUGCGCAUGCGUCUAGUUUAUCAGUACUGAUUUGGCAGCACACUCUCUCACAAGGAUGAUACGUGUAAGAUGGCCUCAUCAUAUUUUAAACAGAGACGAUACUCGCUGUCCAGCCCGCACAUACUGCGACGGCAGGAUGGCGUCUUAUUGGUCCCUGAAGGCCCUGCUUGAUAAGUGUCCCCAGCCAGUAAUUUCUGGGACCCCACUCAACUUUCCCCUUGUAUUUUGGGGCGACUCGAUAGAAUUCAGUAAAUUUUUCACGUGUUUCGACACGUGCUAUACGCAUUUAAUUUCAUACGGUUCCGAAUUGGCAUUUAUGGCGACUUCAACUGAAAACCUAUCAGGAGUCAGCCAUUGCGACUUCUGAUGCUGAUUAAAAUACGUUUACUUAUACGUCAAAUGUAGGUCUGUUGAAGAUUAUACUACUGACGUCGGUGUAUGGAUUGCUAGACUACGACUAAGGACCUGUUUGUCUGAAAGCUUAAAGCAUUUUGUUCUGGGGUAGAUCUAAAACAAGCUUAUACAGCAGGAUUUAUUGCUAAGUGCACGAACAGCCGGAACACUGCUACUUGGACACAGCUUACGUACGGGGGGCAAAAUUAAACAUUUCCAAACAGCUAAAUCACGUGAUAAAUGUGGCCUCGCCCUGCUGAUCCUUUACCCCCUUUCUUGUGGGCCAUUUUAUACGUCAUUAUAUGUUUAUAUUCCAAUCUCGAGACGACCCUUUUCGCCAUUUUCAUUUUUCUAUGUGGCUCCUGGAUAAAUUUCGGUUGCUACGCACCUACUACUUGGUAUUUAUUUUCCGAGCAGACAUGAAACCACUGAAAACCAUUUGUUGCACUUUUCGAUGUUAAUAAAUCCUGCUGUAUAUGCUUGUCCUAAACCCAGGAAAUAAGGUAUAUGAACACUUCUUAGCUUUAGUGGUAAUCCAAAUUCUACUUUCUAUAGAUUUAUCACGCACAUGCGAACACCGAGUUGAUACUAUCGGGAGUUACGAAGAACCUCCCUACCACUUACGAGUUCCUCUCUCUGGUGUGGGUGAGUUUCUUCUUAUUCGCUCUUCAGCGCAAUGGCCAUGACACAUCCCCUUCUCUCAGGCGAUUGGUUCUUGGUGGGAGUAUCGUUCACCCAACCUGACGGUCCGCAGUCACAUGAAACACUCAACGGUGGAACCUCUGCUCGUCAUAGUUAUUGUUUCAAAUUUUUUUAUUUCGACCAAGAGGGAUUCCAGUUAAGAAUCCACUUACAGCUUGUCCUGAGCAGAAUUGAUUGCUUACUUGAUAGGGCCUAUUGAGAGAUUGUGACAACUUUACUUAUCCAGCCUAUUCUUUAUCGACCACCUGAAGGCUAUGCAGAUUUUUACGUACCACCCCCGUCACCUGACUCAUGUGCUUUAUGAAAUCAAAUUGGCAGCCCCUUCUUGAAGUUCCCUUAUACACUUCUUUGUAAAUCUAAACCAAUGCACUAGACGAGGAAUCAAUUGCUCCAAAUGUCGGAACGGGUGGUACAAGGCAGCGAUUGACGGCAAACAAUAGAAAGUAGUGAAAAGUAAUUCUGACGACAUUCAUUCUUCCUUGUAAAUUACAUUCCUUGAUUACCUCUAGUUAAGAGGGCUCAAGAGAAUCAGCGCUUUUGAUCGUUUUAAGAGUCUGAUAACUAGAUAUUUUAGAGAUCCCAGUAGACAUGGAAUUUGCGCAUCCAGAAAGCAGAUCCUUCAGAUCGGGUCGAACUGCCGGCGUAAGGGGUCCUCCGUUUGACGGACAUUUUUUAAAAAAACCAUCAUUCUGCUGUUGUCGCGCAAGCGUUGAUACCGCUGACAGUAUGAUCAAGGCGGAGUUAUAAAGUAACAUGACUCGGAACAGGACGACACUAUCGCACACUUCGAGAUGUUCUUCCACUCCCUUGUUUCCUGACUUGGCAAAACCUGCUUUUCUGGAAUUUUCAGACCGUCUGGUUUACCGUGCUUGGAGAGCUGGAUGAACCUCACGUUGUCGACCGACUUGCGGAAACUUUUACGACGGGCCUCGAUUCCCUGAAGGUAAGCGCUCAGCCGUCCCCUUCUCCGAGGAGACCUUUUAACGCCUUUAUUAGCACACAUUCUCAUUCUCACCUGCAUCAUUGUUUUACUGAAAAUAAUGGAAAAAGUGCAUGUAUGUCUCUAGACCUAAAGUGUGUUUGCCUUGAAUUUAGUUUGAAGAAGAUCUAAUCGCAACUUAUUUCUGCUCUAACCGUGGACUCCUCGGCAGCUUUCAUUACAUUCUUUUUACAUCAGUUCGUCUUAAGUUGCCGAAUAUUAAGGUCUGCCAUUCUCUUGGUCAUUAUAGCAAUCUGACUCCCAGGAUAGCGCAGGCGAGACAAAACUAGCUGGCUUCAUUGCAGAGGAACUGUCCUCCCUGUCAACCAAAUGGGGCUUUCCAGUCAGCGUCCUCUUCUACAAAAACGGUGAGGAGAAGGGCAAGUUUUAAUUAAGAAAAAAAUGUUAAACUCACGGCAAAAAGGAGGAUUUUUGAAGUUGUUUACUGUCCGGCGCCGAAAGGUCUGUAACCGUGACCGCAAAAGCUAAUAGUGGAGUCUCAGGAACCUGUUUGAGUAAGGAAUUUGGAGACCGCUAGAACACAGGAACUACAUGUCCGAACUUUUACAGGGGUCAGUUGUACGAGGGAAAUCUUUUAUAGUCUUCUGUAGAGCAUUUCGUUCUUGGGUAUUGAAACCUCUCUCCAUGAACGACUUGGCUCGGCUCAUUCCCAUCCAGACAUUUAAUCUAUUUCGACAAACUAGAGAAGAUAAAACGCAGAAUGAAUGUUCACAAAGACAAACGCAACUAUGACGGUGGUUUCCGGCCAACUUAGCUCCGGGCUUGGGUAGCCUGAGAUUUGAACUCGGGGUCCUCGGUCAUUGGACUUGAAGUCCAGAGCCCUACCGCCAAGCCACGGGUCCCGUACUACCGUUCCUGCGAUGAGGCAUAUGAACCAGCGUAGCUAGAAAUGAACAUUCCCUUCUUCCUUCUCUUCCCCGGCAUUCGGGAUCAUCAUUUGGCGCUAUGCGAUUGGAUACGAUGAUUCCAAGCUAAAAUUCCAAGGCAAAACGGGACGCGCAUAAUCCGUACUGCAACAAGGUCGAUUGACACCAUAUCAGGCUAAAAAAAUGUUUACUUAUCUUCAAGGGCUAAAGUCAGAAAUUGCCUUUUCAUGGAUGGUUUGCAAAGCAACCCGUUUGUAAUCCUCUCGGUCCGGGCAUCGCUUUCUAUCCGCUUAUGUUCCACGUCGCUGACCCUUAACUCCUAAAGACGCUGUCGUUAAAGUGGUCUUUUGCCUGAUCCUUACACUGACAAACUCUUUUUCCCACCUGCCCUUUCAAAUUAACGCUACUGACACAGUCAUUGCACUAAAAACCAUGUCACAUGUCAGGACAUGCUGAACCCUGGACAUUUACAUGUGUAAUUUUAUUUCUACUUCCAAACCCACAGACAAUUUCCGACGUCAGUUUCUGUCUAUGUUGGCGACAGUGACAAAUCUCAGCGCCCUCUUUCAAAAUCGAUUCUGCCUUCAUCGAACCGUGGAAACACGUAAGCAAAACCAUCUUUAUUUCUCAAUCACGUACAGUGCACGUACAGUGCGUGACCGAUCUCAUGAAAUGUUGGCCGAAAUUCUGAAAUGUGUUUUCGAUUAGGAAGGAUUACUUAGGUGGGGUUGUAAUAUUGAUUAGCAUGCAGCAUAAUCCUAUAGCAUUUCUGACUCACCAGGAUGUCGGCUUUUGGAUGCACUCCUUUCUGACCUGCAGAAACCGCGAUCUGCAAAAAAUGACUGCUUAAGUAGCAUGCAUUUUUCAUAUUGAUUUUCAAUGGUCUUGCAAAUUCAAAAAUAUUUUAUAGAAAACGUGCACAAGAAUAUGCCUUCUUUUACUCGUUCGGUAGGAAAUCACAUUGUCUUCACAUUUUAUACCCGAAGAAAGUGUAUAUUUAGGUUUUAAACAAGUUUUCCAAUUCCCGAAUAAUUUUGAUCCAGAUCUUCCAUUGCAUUAGCGUUUAGCGAUUUCAGUUUACAAGGUGCAUGCUUUCCGCGUAAGGAAAAUCAUAUAUUCCUCUAUGCCUUUAAGCAGAUAGCAUAUAUAGUUCAUAAAAUUUUGUAAUGGAUCCGCACUGUGUUGUACAUUUCAUGAGAAUCCUUGGCAAGCGGACAUGUACGAUGUUGUUUAUAUGGACAUCGCACUGUCUUGAAGAUCUCAUAAUUGGAAAGUUUUUUAAAAUCUUAAUAUACACUCUCUUCGGGUAUAAAAUAUAAAGAUAAUGUGACUUUCUACCGAACGAGUAAAAGAAGGCAUAUUCUUAUGCACGUUUUCUAUAAAAUAUAUUUGAAUUUGUAAGACCAUCGAAAAUCAAUACGAAAAAUUCAUGCUAGUUAAGUAGUCAAAUUUUUGCAGAUUGCGGUUUCUGCAGAAGGUCAGAAAGGAGUGCAUCCAAAAGCAGACAUCCUGGUGAGUCCGAAAUUAUGAUGCACUCUAAUCAAUAUUACAACCACCUAAGUAAUCCUUCCUAAUCGAAGGCACAUUUCAGAAUUUCGGCCAAAAUUUCAUGAGAUCGGUCACGCACUUUAGUCAAAUAUGUGCAGAUACGGCAGGACAUUUCUACCGUCGUUACAGACCAUGUCAGCCUUGUGUCCCACAGCAUGGUUGCUGCAAGGACGGCAGCUUGCGCGUGAACUAGUGUAUAGUGAAGGUCGAUUUGCGCUGCUUCUACCGCAUUCUCUCCUCCCUCACCCUUCUGGGCGCAGUGUCAAGACAGAGCCGAGGAGACCGGAGGCGGAAUCGGGCUAACAAAACCAAACGGCCCGUCUAAGCAUACGAGGCACUCCUGGUCCACGCAUGAUGGACCUGGUUUUCGCAAAAAAACACAAAGGGCCCGGGUCCGAUCCCAUCCGAGCGGGAGUACCCUAGAGGCCACAUUAGGGAGAAAUUGCGGCCAGACCCUCCGUCCCGAGAGGAGCACCGGCUGCCUUCCAAGUCACGACGCGCUGAAAGUUCCUAGCUCAGAAAGUUGCCAACGGACUGAACUAAAUCCGCCUCAUUUUGAUACGAGGACCAGGCUAAUAAUGACGCCUUCUUAAUGUGUCUUUGUGCAGCACCUCUAACUGCCACUGCUCUGCAUCCCAUGCCCAGUCUGUUCGACUAGAACAGAUCGCUAGUACAUUGAUAAGGAAGCCGAAAAUGAAGAUCAUUCAACUCAGGUUCAUAAUCUGGCUUCCUCAGUGGAAACGAUUGAGCACCACUUUUUAACCAUCACAACUGACUGGGAGACUUGCUGAGUAACAGUCCUGCUCAGGAAUCUGUGUCAGGCUUCAAUGACCCCUUCUUUCGUGACCUUUACUCUCUCCUCAUUCACGUAAGCUCUGGGAGCCCUUUUCCCCUUGAAGCCUGACUCGCAUGGAGCUAGAGACCAAGUUGUGCGUGAAACUCGUGGACGGUCUAUUUAGCUUUGUCGGACCUUGUGCCCAUCCCCACACCCAGUCGUCUUCACUUCGUUUUGACAGUAGAGCAAAAUGGGUUCUUAGAAAGACGAAAAGUGGAUUAGGUAUGUUUUGCGAGUUCACCUCAGUUCACGUGCAGGUCGCCGCUAUGUCCUUGUGAUACCGGAGGACACCGUCGCUUAGGUCGAUUGGGCUAUAGUUUUUCCAUAAAUCCAUCUGUUCAUAUUCAAGGCUCUUCUAUCGCAAGGGUAGGUAUUUACGAAUUUGCGUUGCGAUAUCCACCUUCAUGUGAACGUUGUACAUGCAUGUACAAUCACGACUUUAAAUAUUCUAAGCUGUGCUAAUCUGUUUUUAAUCAUAUGAACGCUCUCAAGGUAGCCUUUUUGCUUUUGAUACCUUCUUCACUUCAGUGCUUGACCUCAUAACGGACGAAAAGUGUGACGUUAAACGAGAUGCCGUGCCUCUACUCUCCCUCCUCAACACAUGCCUCCUCCUUUCAGAAGACCCAGUGUUUCCACAGGGUACGUCGAUCCUGCCUGUUGUACAAUAAUCUCCUGACAGGACAUUUCUGACUGUUUGUGAAAAUUCACUUUGAGAGUAACCCCAUAGUCUGUGGGUACUGCGUCCUUCUGCCCUCAUUGUCGUUCGCCUCAGGGAUAGGCAGUAAGCGAUGGGCUUUUUAAGCAUAAGAAGGAAGUCUUCAGUCAAGUCUGGUCCUUUUGGAGAUUGGAUGUUUUAGUAUCUUGGGGGAAUUGAGCCGAAGCUCAUUACCCUAACAGUCUAUAGCGUAUUUGCUUUGGGUUUGAGCCUUAAUACUUCGUUUUUGUUCUUUUGCUAAACUGCACUUCUCAAAACUGCUUGAUAGGUCAUGGCAACAUGAAUAUUUUUACUAAGGGAGGUUAAAUUAACUCCUAACUAAUAAAAUAUGAACCGCUGAGUAAACUGAAGGCGACAACUGAACCCUUCAUUGAGUUCUGCUGGUUCAGGCUGUUGUGUACGACCUCGGUGUUUCAAUUGCCAGGGAAAGGAUUCCAAAAGUUCAGCGUUUUUUAACGCGCUGAAACCUGGUUACCUAUUGAACAGAUUACUUUUUUGCCCUCGACGAUAGCCAAGAUUAAAAUAGAGCUGAACGCAUUGUUCUCAGCGAAAUAGGAGGAGUCCCUUUCCUCACAUGCGUUCUGUUGACUUUGCUCCAUCAACUACUUUACAUCAUGUAUUCUUGGGUUCGUCUGCCAAUUCGUCUCCAUAGGAUUCAAGAGGACGUCUGUUGCGUCUCUGAGUAAGGCCAGUUGUAGGUUAGAAGAAGAAGAAGAAGAAGAAGAAGAAGAAGAAGAAGAAGAAGAAGUGGAAGAAGAAGAAGAGGAAGAAGGAGAAUAAGAAGAAGAAGAGGAAGAAGAAGAAGAAGAAGAAGAAGAAGAAGAAGAAGAAGAGGAAGAAGAAGAAGAAGAAGAAGAAGAAGAAGAAGAAGAGGAGGAGGAAGAGGAAGAAGAAGAAGAGGCGGAAGAAGAAGAAGAAGAGGAAGAGGAAGAAGAAGAAGAAGAAGAAGAAGAAGAGAAGGAGUAAGAAGAAGAAGUAGAAGAAGAAGAAGAAGAAGAGGAGGAAGUGCCGCUGCCUCUCCAGCCUUACCUACUCUCUGAUAUUCUACUAUAAUUUGAGAAGUAAUGGUGCUCGGUAGCACGGGAAAGCUUGAAUCCACGUUUUGUACUCUUAGCUAAAAUGUUUCAUUGCGAACGCCAGGGGGCCUGCACACGGCGGUAUGGACUCAGCUUCUCAGCUAUGAUUGGUAGCCAUCUCCACAGCGUGUCGUGGGUGAAAGUUCCUACCACGUCACCAGGUCCACCCGGCUCCUCAGUUGCAGAAACCGUGAUAGCAUUCAACAGCGGGGUCUAAACCUCGUAGGAGAAGGCAUCAGCGCAAAUCAAUUGCUAUCCUUUUAUUCUCCCCUCCCUGAUGACUUCCCACUUUCACGUUUUAUAACUCCUUGUUCUACAGUCGCUGCUCUCCACCUUAGGUAAACUCCUGAGUGGCAGGUUGCGCCGAUAUGACUAUAUGUCAUGCUUGCAGUUAAUUAUUCCAAAUAGUUUUCAUUUUGGAUGAGACAACUGAAAUGAUGAUCGUCUAAAAACCAAACAACCCUCAACUAUUGACAGAAUUUUAGAAAACUUGAAAGACGGCGCCGCACAGGUGAUUGAGCUAACCUCAAAACCCAAAUGCCAGCGCAGUCCUCACUACAUACGCUGCUAGUGAUUUCAAAUUAUAAAUCGUGUAACAAGGCCAUUCAAGCACGGAACACUUGAGUUGUUGCUGAUGUGCCACUUGUUUGUGCUUGAAUAGUUUACCUUUUCAGUUUAUCAAAACCCACACUCUAAUGCCCACACAGUAUUUGUCUUAUGGGCCUAUAACCUCUUUUUGCUGCUCUUUUUUGUAGUCUGUUCAGUAGUUGAAGGUCGCCUGAAAGCAGCCAGGUGUCCGUUGACGCUUGUAGGCCCCGAUGCCUGUAGUGAAGCCACCUGGCCUGCAUACGCAGAGUCUCAAAAGAUUACAAAGCCGCUGGUUGAAGAGAUGCUCUGUCUGGGUGCCCUUCUCCUUCUUGGUCGUGGCGAGAUCGACCAGCAGGCUAGAGCAAAUGGAGAUGUUGGUGCGACUGUAGGUUUUUCUUCUCCUAACCCCCUUCCUGCAUAUUCGCUCAUUAUUUCGGUCGGAGCGACCUAGUAUCACUUUUCUCAGUCAUUGCAGGUAACGCACCAAACCGUCCGCAAUGGUCGCUUAUCAACUCCCUGAGCUGAAGUCAUUGUAGGUAAUGCAUCAAACCGUUUACAACGGACGACCCGACUUUAUACGAUGAAACAUCAAACCGAAGUAAUCCUGAUGGAAUAAAACCUACUUAAAUAACUGUAGUAGGUAUUCUUUAUAUGCCACAGAUGCUUGAGGGCUUUCACCCGAUCGCUACCUCGCCCUUUACUCUAUCCCCACUUUCUGUUUCCCCUGACUGCCAGCGUACCGAUAAUUCACGUUAGACCCACUACCUCUCUACAAAUUGGAAUACUACAUUCAAGCAGAGGGAACUCGCAGAGCUUGGGUGAACCACGUUACACUCUGCGGCAGCAUCAGGUGGAUAAGCUAGGGCACAGUAAAAUUUAAUGAAUAUAAUCCAACUUACGUGGGGUCAUUCUAAUUUCUUUCGCGUCCGCACGACAUGCGCCUCCCAUGGCUCCAGAUGUUUCCUAAAGGUAUUGAAAUUGAAACUGGAACAGGAAGUUGUCAGAGCAAAAAGACCUGUUGCUAGCUAACUAUCGAACGAUCUAUUGAGGGUGGGCUGCAGGGAUGGUAACCGUGUAUGAAUUCUUCACCCUCAUCACGGUGUGCCAGACUAAGUUGCAUUUUCGCGACCCAAAAGUCCAUGCCUCUUCCCUGCUGGUGAGGAGGGUGAAAUGACAAACCAUUUAUUCGGGACACUCCCGACUUAUCUACCGUUUCAAUCCAACGCAAGCGGCGUAAGAAUUACAAACUGGCCGAAACUAUACCCCUUGCUAAUAAAGAAACGAUCGCUAACGCAGUUCUCAAACUGCCAGCCUCGGUUUACGCCGAAAUUCAUGAAACAGACUGCUACUUACUAGUACUCACACAACUUAAAAAUUCUACUAUGUGAGGUUGCAAUCCAUGGUAGCUUUAACCAGACAAUCUGUCCCACAAUUAUAAGUCCACUUAUUUUGGGCUAAGCCUUCGGCAGUUUUGUACACAUUGAUGCGGUUUCUUGCUGGACAGAGUAAACAGUAGAAACUCUUCUUGUGAACACGACCUUUUCACAAUACACCUUAACAUGCUAAAAACCAAUAAGAAUUCUCAGAAGGCGGCUGCGUCCCACGUUAUAGCGUCAAUCAUACUUUGGUGUAACCAUCUAAAGUUUAAGAAGCGAGGUUUGGUUGUGCAGUCCCACUUGAUUGAUGCCAUAUGGUUAGCUUACUAAAACAAUUUUAGUUAACAUACCUAACUUAGCCACUCGCUGGACUAGGAAGGGAAAGAGGGCGCAAGCAGAACUUGAAGCACGCGCAGGGAAGCGAGUGAAGGUGGCGUGUACAUACUCACCCCCGACACAAACACUCGCUGUUUUAUUAGGAUACGGGGGGCGCAAUCACGGAGGGAAGCGCGUGGCAAUUCGCAGUUCAUGGCCACUGUAGUGGUACCAACGGAGUUCCACACCAUCCGAACAAUGUCAUUAGCAAGUCUACUUGACCACUUGCUGGAUUAUGAUAAUAAGGAGGGUGCACGGAGGGCUCGAAGCACGUGAAGGGGAGCGCAUGUGAACUGAUACCUGGUGUAACCGUGACUGGCGUAUAAGCGCUCCCCCCAACUUGGCAAAGUCACUCGCUGGAUUAAGAUAGUAAGGAAGAUGUAAAUACGUGAUAUUCGUAGUCAGCGUACUCGUAUCUACUAGAUUUUUUCAGGAAACCUACCGUAUGGCAUCACUCAGGUGGGGCUGCAGAGCCAAACCUCGCCGUUAAAAAAACUAUUUGACCUCUAUAUUGUCACAGGAUCUUAACAUAACCUUCAGCUAGGCCAUUACUGAAACCGUAAAGUUCCAUUUCAUUCAAGGUACUCCAUGUUUUCCGCGUAACCUCCUCCAAUUGGUUCUUCGACCGCUAAGUUUGAUGGGAUUUACGUUUUAUGCCAGUCAGUACCUCAAACACGCUUCUCUCAUCUUUCUAUUUGAAGGCACAUUUGAAACUUUUAGGGAAUGUUCCAGGAAUUUUAGGUUGUCUUUUGGGCUGGUCUCCAUAGUAAUGGUCGGUUAUUGGUUAUUUUGCUGGGCUUGUAUGAACGGGCCCUGAUGUUCGAACUCGGCUUUCGUGAAACCCCCAAUGUCGUGAUAGUUCCGUUUAUGAGACAACUCCGGUAUCUACUGUACCUUUAAUACGUGUUACCGAGCCAGGCUAAUUGAUUAGGAAAACGGAUCCUUCCCAUGUUGUGCUAGAAAUAUAUCCUGGACACUUAUCGGACACCCUAGCAGUUUUAUCCCAUUUCACUUUGUUCUUCCUCGGUGUAUCAGUUCCAUACUCAUGUAUUUUAGUAGGUUUGAUGCUGAACGCCUGGCUGAGCGGCAAUCUGAACUGUCACUACUCCAUUUAGGCUGCCUCCAGUUGAUCAGGAGGGCGCUUUGAACCGUUUACCCUCGUGCUUCGCUGUCCGGCAACUUUUGCCUCCAUACAAACCUUUUAGCACUCCGGAGCUUUUGAUUGGAUGUUUCCUCCUCCCCUCUUUACUGCCUGUAGGCCAUUUUCGAGCUACCGCAUGUUCUACUACAAGCCAUUUGUGGAAUGUCGUGUGCAGCCACGCUCUCGAGACGCUCAUUUUGCGCCGCUGCCCUCCUUCUUUUGAACUCUCCAAUGCCUGGUGAGGGAGCACUUUACUCGCCCUGGCCUGAUGGCACCUCAGAAGCCGGACGAGGCUUCUACACGAAGGUGCGUUUUUAAGACAAGUGUAUUUUGGGUUGCUGGGCAUGGUAAGUGCGCGAAUUUCUGUUCUGAAAGUUUUUCCAGCCCUGGUAGCAGUCAAAGCAAGAAUUUCGCAAUGAUUACAGCUUUGGACUAGUCACAAUUUCGCCGCUUGUAGCUAACCAGUGGAAGGACUCGGAUGGGCUCACCCAACAUAUCGUCUUCUUGCAAAUGUGAACCACUGUCUUGGCUUCGAAGUCAUCUUCACGGUUUUUUAAGUGCAAGACUGCGAUGGAGAGCGGUCUGGCACAGUAGAUGUUGGAGAUCUAUCUCCUUUCAAAAAAAUCUUUGGAAGCUCACAAAUUGCUUGCCCGGACCGUGGGACCUUUCUCAGCCUCAGUCAUCUUUCACUGAAGUGUGGCGCUUACUUGCCGUAGAGGGGAGUUUUAGCAGUGCCCAUUUUUGCUCAUUGCCAUUGUAGGCGUCAGCCAUAUUGACCUUGUGGACAACAUAUGCUCCAACGCCAUGUGUCUUUGGCGUCGGGGGUCUACAGGGCAUUUUGCUCACGAGUUAUUCAUUCUUUUUGACCCAAAGGUGAAAAACGUGGCGAACUCGGCUGCAUUCGAACCCACGAUAACAAGGAGAAGACGUGAGUACAGCCAACAGCCUUAGCUACGUGGCCUUAUCGUGAGCCGUGUGUGCCACGGAACUGGUGUACAAUGACAGCACGUAGUCCUGCGCUGAUGCAUUCGUUUGCCACCGACACGCUCUUGGUCUUGCCACAGCUUCCGUGGGUACAUUCCAGAGGUGAUUAAGAUGACACAGGGUUAUGAGGACUGCUAGCUUGCCACUUAACAUCAAUGUGGCGCUGAAAUUUUGGUCUUUCGUUAUUCUCUUCGUGGGUCGUCGUUGUGAACCUGAGUCCUUACUUGCAAGUUCCCAGUCUGACUCGGUCUCCCAUGCGUCAUCGCAUCUUGGGCGACUUUACGAGCCAGACUAAGAGCCUUACUGACUUCAGAGUUGCGGAAAUUCCCUUGACAGUAUUCAGAAGACCAGUUUGCGAGCAUACGUUUGCUUUCGGUAAAUCCUCACCAGACCAGCACAUUUAUAUGGGAAUGGAGUAGGAUUUAAAACAUGUCAGUGGCUAGAAAAGUCGAUUGAAGUUCGUCUGAUAGCGUAACAGAAGUGGCCACCACUGGAAUACGAAAACCGAUCUUAUGCACGCAGAAGAACCACAUUCUGUCUCCGCACCUACCGUGGUCAAGUCGACUAACCAUGUAACUCCGCGCCCCUCCGCUUUCACCCCGUCCCUGAAAAUGACUGAUAUCAACUCCACCCCCCCAUAAUUCCACACCCUGCCUGUGUUUUAAGACGAACUAUAUUCGUAAUAGUUACUCAACGAAUUGAAAUUCGGGAUAUUUUCCCGUUAAGACUACCCGUGCCGACUGAGUUUUCGCGCCCAAGCAACCUUUGGCGACUUUUUUGUCGAGGGAACCUUACGCAGACCUCUACUGCAACUAUACUCCAGGGGAGAUCUUUUAAGAGUGUUCUACGAAUGUUCUGACUGACGUAGUUUCUGGAGCUAACCUAUCGAUGAUGAUAGUCCUGCCUUCAAAUACCAGUAAAGCCACAAUUCGCUUUUUUUCUUUGUGCCUUUCUUGCUCGAUGCCCUUCCGCCGAUCGCCGAAGCCUGUCUUGACGCAGAACGGAGCAUGCUCGAAGGAAAUAGUAGCAGUGGUCUUGGCCACUGAACACUUUUGAACUCUCAACCGAAGAUUCAAGUUCAAGAUCAAUUAUAAGAAAAGCCAGUAGAGUGUAGAAUACCCACCUGCUGUCCAAGGGCUCCUUGUUGCUAACAUAUAUUCUCACUCAUGCGGGCUAGCCAAAAUUGCCCUUCUUCAUGUGCAUCACCGAUUAGGCCUAUUUUCGUAACUUUUUUCUUCUUAUAGCUGAUUUUUGCUCUCUAUUCCAACAUGACGGACAUUAGACUCAGGGACUUGCGACUUCUCACAAUGACUUUACUGGGAAAAGCGCUCCGAAUUGUGCGCCGUCAACUACCCUCUAGCGAAGGUAACUUAUUUAAUGUUUGCACGCCUACAGUAGGUGUGCUAACGCAUGAGAUGUUAGCCGAAAUUCUGAAAUGCGUUUUCGUUUCAAAAAGAUUACUUAAGUAGAGUUUUAAAAGUAAUCAUCUUGCAGCAUUAUUCCAUAAUAAUUCAGUUACCUCGAGUUGCUGACUUUCAAGCGAACUUCUUUUCGACCGCAUGCAAAAACCACACUGCAAAAACGACUACCUAAGUAGCAUUAUUUUUUGAUUGAUUUUCGAUGCACUUAAAUAUUCAAUCAUAUCUCAUGGUAAGCAUGCAUAAAAAUAUUCCCUAUUCUACUCAUCUAGUAGGAAAUUACGUUUUCUUCCAAUUUUAUGCUCGAAGGAAGGGUAUAAUUCGGUUUUGGAAAGUUUCUAAUUAUGAGAUUUUUUAAGACCGUGAAAUGCCCUUUUAUAAAACACUGUGCCUCUGCAUUUCUUAAUAUGGCUCAAAUCCACUGCUGAAUUUUAUGAACCCCAUAUGGUUUCCCCUUGAUACUAUAGAAAAAUGUGUGCUUUUCCUUACACGGAAAAUACACAACCUGUAGUUUGUAAACCCUGAACGCAAGUGUAACGGCAGGCCGGGUUCAAAAUUGUUCGGGAAUCGGAAAAGUUUUUAUAAACCUUAUUAUACCUUCCUUUUGUGUAUAAAAUUCGAAGAAGGCAUAAUUUUCUACCGAACAGGCAAAAGAAUGAAUACUUUUAUGCAUGUUUUCCAUGAAAUAUGAUUGAAUGUUUACCGGCGUCGAAAAUUAAUGAGAAAUAUGCAUGCUACUUAAGCAGUAGUUUUUGACAGACUGUAGUUUUGGCAUGCAACAGGAAAGAAGUUCGUUCGAAAGUCGGCAUCUCGUGGUAGCUCAAUUAUUAUGGAAUUAUUCUGUACGAUGAUUACUUUUACAACCCUACUUAAGCAGGCUUUUCGGGAAACGAAAGCGCACUCCAGAAUUUCGGUUAACAUUUCACGAGUUAGCACACCUACCGAACACUCGCCGACCUUGAGUUUCCUUAUUUGCCCUUUGAUCCAGUGGCUCGACUUGAGAGCACCGUGUGGAAUUCAGUUGUGACGGAGAGUCUGCAGCUGGAGGACUACGAUGAAGACCAACUGCCCUGUUCGCCCGCGUUGAUUGUCUUUCUGGCGGAGGUAGGCACCCCGUGGGGAAGUCCUUUUACCCCUCUUCUGCCCUAGAUACUGACCAACUCAUCGGACCGGGCCCUACUGUAUGUGGACGAGAGGUUGUUGCAGGAGAUUGUUAUCUUCUACGCUCAACUUUCCGCACCAGUCACCCGUCAAUGCCCCUUCCAUCUACACAAGCUGAUGCUCACGGCAAGUCUGAAUGAGACUGAUUUACCCUCGUGCCCGUUAUGA